CCUGCUGAAUGACUGAGUCACUUUCGACAUUUCAACACGAUUGACCAGCAUAACACUUUUUCUGCGCUCGUUUUAUUGACAGUUACAGUGAUUAUUAAAAAUGUCAAGAAUCAAUAUUAGUUCCGGAUCUGCAUUUGAAGCCCAGAUUGGCUAUAGCCGAGCUGUCGUGCUCGAUGAUGGCUGGAUCAUGGUGUCGGGAACGACAGGCUACAACUACGAAACUGGUGAAAUCUCACCCGAUAUUGCCGAGCAGACAGAGCAAAUCUUUCUCAACAUUGACAAGGCGCUCAAAGAAGCUGGCUCAUCCAUCAGCGACGUCGUGCGCGUAAACUACGUUCUGUCAGAUCGUGCUGAAUUCUCAAAGACGUGGCCGGUGCUCCAGAAAUGGUUUGGAGACGUUCGGCCUGCUGCGAUGAUGUACCAAGCGCCCCUGAUGAAUGAGGAAAUGAAGAUUGAACUUGAAGUUACUGCUAAGAAGGGCUGCUCGACAAAGAAAUAAGAGAUGUAAUUAUCGCGUGCAUUACUAUUAAAGCUAAGUUACGUAUAAUAAUAAAAGAAUAUAAAAGCCAUCAGGAAACAAACUUGGGGUAUCAGUAAACAAGCUUUGCAACAACAGACCCAGCAGCAAACGUGCUAGCAAUGGUGAUAAUACUAGAGACGGACAGCAGCGAGAUGCCACUGAUGCCAUGGCCCGAGGUACAGCCUCCCGCUAGUCUCGCACCCACGACCAUCAGAGCUCCUCCAAUAGUUGCCAGGACUGGCGGCACUUCAAAAGGUGUGCCGGUUGCAAAAGAAGGGAACGCCUUAACGGCAGCAAGGGCUCCGAGUCCAGCAGAAACGGCGAAAAUAACAUUUUGCAAAGACUGAGGCGAAGCCUUACCCUCGCCGCUCUUAAUCUUGGACCAGAACAAGUUGCCCAGUUCUUCAAAGGAGCCAGAUAUGCCCACCAUGGAGCGGCGUGUAAUGAGAGAGAGAAGCUGGAUGAGACCAAUUAGCAGACCACCGACUGCGCCGGACGUCUUGAUGCCGGGGAAAGGAGGCGUGUAGAUUGUCGUUGCGGCAAUGACUCCGAGAAACGCGGCUUCGAGCAGGACAAGAGUCGCGCCACGCGAAAGACCAAGUACCUGGCUGACAGUCACGGCCUGUGGCUUAAUACCGGCUGCUUCUCGCCUAUUUGCGACUGCGCGACUAACAAAUCCGGUCCAAAGGAUACCGCCAAUGACGGCGCCGUUCAGGGCGUAAAAACCCGUCUGCACGCCACCAGCCAUCUGCGCAAACAGUGUGCC